AUUUGCGUGGAUUUUAUUUGAAGGCGGUUGGUCCGACGCUGCACUCACUCCGACAGCUCGGGUCCACACGAGUCAGCUACACUUCACAACAUCAUAACUUCUGGUACCCGCCGUCCCUUUUCUUGGUGUAGUUCUCACUACACAGGCUUCCCGACAGUCUCACUUCAGCUUUCACACCGCCUAGUCCGGUUCUACCUCUCAGUUUUUUUCUCCCGGUCGUGGGAACGCGUCAGUCUUUUUCGGAGUUCCAUCCUACCGCGCGAGAACACGCUGGUUCGAAUCCUGUAGUAGCACAACAUGGCCACGAAGUUAUACUUUGGCAACCUGAGCCCAGAAAUCACUCUGGACAUGCUCAAAAACCUGCUCAUCGAGUAUGACGUGCCUAUCGUGCCCGACACCGUGCAACUGAAGAAUCACUUCGCCUUCGUGGAAGUUCAGGACAACGCCAGCGCCGAGGAAACCAUCCGCAAGCUCCACGGCUACAACUUCCAUGGGUCCGUGAUCACUGUGGAACACUCAGUCCAGCGUAAUCGUGGCAGAAGCCGCACAACCAAAGUGUCAAUCAGCAACAUCCCGAUUCAGGCUCCGGACGAGGACGUCAGACACUUGGCCUCAACUUUUGGUACCAUCAAGGAAUGCCAUAUACACGAAAUGAACGACACCAAAACUGCCAGCGUCACCUACGAAGCCCCAGAACAAGCAGCACAGGCUGUGAAUCACCUGCGUGGCCACAAGUACUGCGAGGGGUCGUACCUUGAUGUGAACUAUGUGAACGAGAAUGGAGGGCGCAACUACUACCGCAACAGAUACAACCCCGGAGGCGGUAACCAGUACGGCGGAUACGGGAACCGCAACCAGGGCCAAAGCCAGGACUUCCCUCUCAGAAUGCUCGUUCCCAAUGUCAUGGUUGGUGCCAUCAUCGGAAAGGGGGGUCAGACCAUCAGGACCAUCACUGGAGCCACCAAAGCCAAAGUUGACGUUCACCGCAAGGAGAACAUCGGCCCAGAGAAGCCCAUCACCAUCUACGGCAGCGCCGAUUCCUGCUCGGAGGCCUGCAGGAAGAUCGUGGAGAUCAUGCAGCAAGAGUCUGUGGCCACCGGACAGAGCACUGACGAUGAGACGUCUGAUCCUCCUUCCAGCGAGGACGUUCCGCUCAAACUGCUCGCUCACAACUCGCUUGUGGGGCGUCUGAUCGGCAGGAACGGCACCACUCUCAAGAAAAUCAUGCAGGACUCCGGCGCACGUAUUACCAUUUCCAACUUUCAGGAACUGACCCUGUACAACAUGGAGAGGACCAUCACCAUUCUCGGCACCCUGGACGACCAAUGCAAGGCUGAGAAACUCAUCAUGCAGAAGCUCCGGGUUAGCUAUGAUGCCGACAUGCAGAACAUCAUGCAACACCAGAGCAUGUUCCCCGGGCUGAACCCUAUGGCGAUGUUGUCAGGCCUGCUUCCCGGGCUGCCCAAUCCAAACUCCCGUGCUAACCCUUACAAUGGACCAAUGACUGAGCCGAACGCCAUGCAGACCAACCCUGCCAUGUUCCCCGGCAUCCUGCCACCAGCAGCCGCCGCCCUUGCCAUGCAACAACAGAUGCAACAACCUCAGCCCUCGGAGAAGUCCGACCUCUGGGUGCCUGGCGGCGUGGUGGGCGCUCUGAUAGGACCCGGCGGUCAGAACAUCCGCUCGGCGUCCAGGCAGGCCAACGCCACCAUCAAGAUCGCGCCCGCUGACCAGAGCGCUCAGGGCCAGGCCGAACGCAAAGUGUCCAUCACCGGAUCUCCUGAUGCCCAGUGGAAGGUACAAUAUUGGGUCUUCUCCAAAGUUGGCCAGGAGGGAUAUGCAGGCAGCGAUGUGGUAGAGGAAAGACGAUGGGGGCAUUUUUCGGCAGGGGCAAGACUUCAUCCUGCAGAAUUACCGGUCUUGCGUGCAGAAAUCCCAGUGCCAUCCAACAUGGUAGGACGCAUCAUCGGCAAGAGAGGUGCCUCUGUUCAGGGUCUACAAAAAAAUACCAGCGCAAGAAUCGAAGUUCCACGCAACAAGCAGGGUGAUGAAAACGGAGAGGUGCCCGUCACCAUUGUAGGAAACUUCUAUUCCGUUCAGUCCGCACAGCGACAGAUCCGUAAAUUGGUAUCACAAGCCCAACAGCAACAGCAAGGUCAGGGUCCCAUGCAGCAGCGGCGCCCGCCCGGCCCCCCCAAGCAUGUCAACAUGCAGUAGCCCGCCGCCCGCCACGACAACGCACCCCCCACAUGGCAACCACCACGGAGCAACUUCACCCAAUGUCCGACCCCUGACCCCAGUACCAAAGACUGACAAAGGAUGAGAAGCAUUGUUUUGCUUGUUUACCUCACAUGUAUUGAGAAAAAAAAAGUUUAAGUCCUGAUAAAAAAGAAAAAACCUGAUGGUAUUAGUUUGACACUUGUUGUAAAAGGUACGAAUGUUGAGUUCUACCAUGCUUGCUCUCUGUAAAAACAAAAAAACUAAAAAGGGAUUCGGUUUCCACUCAUCUGUUUUGCAAAGGGGACAUGUAAAUAAGGCAUCGCUGAUUUUGACUUUAGCUGCAAGCCAAGAAAGCGCUGUAUAUGCCGCUUGAGUCUAGCUUUAGGUUCUUGACCACCCCCGGAAUUCUAACUUGGCACUGCCCAGAUGUAUUAUAAUGAAUAGAAGAGUCCAUAUUUGGGCCGUGCCACGUCUGGAUGGGGAUGAUCAAGCAAGCAAUAGAUUUGCUGCGCUUGUUUCUAUUGAAAAGAAUUGUCUGGCUGGUAAAUAAUUAACUGUUGGAAGAGGUGGGGUAGAACAUAUGUUAGGAAAAAGCGAAGAUUAAAAAGUUCUGUCGGAGAUGAUUUUGCAAUGAAAUGAAUUUGUAAGUUGGCCAGUUUGAAAAACGAGGGACGGUAAUGAGAUGAAAUGAAAGAACUAUUGUAUAAAAUGCUACCUCAGGAGAGGUACCCGCGUACCUCAGCUAUUUUUCUGUUUAAAAUCAUUUGUGUAUUUUUAUUUCAAGAGAAAAAGUUUUGUAUUUUUUCUAUGCUAGGAGAGACGAAGAAGAAUGUAGAGUCAAGCCUUUUUAUAUGAAAAAAAUUGUAUAAAAAAAAUUGGGGCAUCCGCUGGCAGCAUGUAAAGGAGAGAGAUUGUAUAUUGAAAUUCGCUGCCAGUGAGUUGUCGGUAAAUGUAAAUGUAAAAAUGCCUUAUGAUGCCAAAAAUGUGCUGAGUUCUAGAAAUACGCAACAACGCAUUAAGGCUAAAAACCAUCAUACCAUCGGACACGAAGACCAGUUCUGUUCCAACGACAACCUGCGAUGCCAUUUUACCAUGUCAGAUUCGAAAGACCCAAAGUAAAGCUUGAACUGGAGUUGACCGGCUGUGUGUUGCCACGGUCUGUCACUGGGGCUAGCAUGGAAUUCAAAAGACCAGAUCGGAAUGCUAACCUGAAAACGUACUCCCUGGAAAGAUGAGAGCAACUUACAAAUUUAUUGGUAGGUCUAUGUUCUUCACAGUUAUAGCCAUUAAUACUUCGAAGUUGAGACAAAACAAAAAAAAGUAAAAAAUAAAAAAAAGCAACACCAAUGUUCAUCUCUCCGGGUCCCCCCUGUACGGAUGUUUAGUGAACUGUUCCAGUGGAAAGUUGUUGUGAUUCCUUUGGAACAUCACAUCCGGAAAUGGGGGUGCAGGCCUGUGGCCUCCCCGGAGGGACAACAAAACCCCAUAACAGUGACAAAAGUAUAGUUGGAAUGAGAUGACAGGCAGGAAAACAUGAUCGCAGCACAUUACACUUACAAAAGGAGGAGAGAAAGUCGAUAUUUUUCCUUUGUUGUACAGCAGUAAAAAAAUAAAAUCACAGCCGUAUGUACCACCACCAAUACAUCGUAGUUUCUGCAGGGUUGUGUACGCGUGGAAAUACUAAAAAAAAAAGAUGUGGCCCAAGCCCUGUAUUUAAACCCCUUGGAGUCGUGGAGUUAUAAAGGAUCGCUGUGCAAUCAAAGGUAGGUGACUGUCUGAGCCAAGCACCUCUCAACAAAACUGGAAACUCACUGUUUGGGACGUUUUGAGAUUUUUCUCCUUAUUUUUCCUUUCCUUUCUGUUGAACCAAUUUUGUUUUACUUUACAACUAUAUAAUACUUAUAUUGUGUAGUAUUGCCAAUGUAGGAGACGACAUUAAUAAGCAGAAUACGAUGAAUUGAACAAAUGAAUUGACAUCUCACCUAGUAGGAAAGAAAGUAGAAACACUGAGUGGAAAGGUGAUUUAAAGUUUUGAUUCUGGAAGGGAAAGUUAGAAAUUGAUUUAACUGUUGUUUCUAAGAUGUAGUACGAUUAACUUUAAUUUUUUUUCUUCAGUUUACUUUUCGAUUAUUUCCAAUUUAUGCUUAGGGAAGUUGUAGUUUUUUGCAACUAUAUUCACGAGCCUGUAUUCCCAGCUCACUCUAGACAGAUAAUGGAAACAACUGAACAUUAUAUCGAUACAUAAUAUAGAAACAUAAUGCUAGUGAUGUUAUAAUUAACUGUGGUUGGUUGCCAGUGGUGUUAGUCUUGAAAGAAAGAAGUUCUCUAAAACAAGAUAAAACGACUAAAGCUUUGCCCCUGAGGCGUAGCCAAAAAGAGGGUACUGGUGGUUAUGUUGAACAGUGGAAAUUUUGGAUGGUUACAUGUUAACGAAAACAGGCGAGGAAACGGAUUCGAUAUCGUGAAUACAGGACAUACAUAAACUGGAGAGAAAUACACCCAAAUAACAAGCGAUGUUCAUUUCCCUGUGUGGGAUACAUACUACAACACUUAGUACAAUGUUAGGGGUUUGAAUUUUUGCGAGAACUGUUUACCCAACUGUCGUUCUAGUGGAGUUUUACACGUAUUACUGUAACUGGGAUCAGGCCAAGUAGUACCUAUAUUUACAGUAGGCUGCACAUAUUGUAUCUAUCGUAACUGUUAGGGCACUCUAAAUAAAACUUGUUGGUUUACCCCUAUAGAUGAGCAAUCACCCCUAAACAAUCUCCGCCCAACACAACUCCAAAGCUUCAAAGACUGGACAAAAACGAUGUGGAAAGCUCCAUGAUCACCCUUUCUUUACCGGAACACGAAACAGUUUCACAGAAAAUGAAAGAAAAGUAACCUUCAGCUUGUAAAAGUCAUGUUUGCAAGCUGAUAGAAAAAGCAUUUUGUUCUUUUGGCACUUUUUCGAAAAUUUUUAGUUGGAGAUAUGUUCAGACCGGUCGACUUGAAACAACGAAACAUGACAACUCUUUUACUUUGCAGUGGUGUUUUCAAUGCGACAUCUUUCUCGUAGAAAAAAGAAAGUAAAAGCAGAAAGUUUACUUUGACAAAACGGUCCCAGUAACAACCAUUGAGUUGAUCCAUCUAGGGGUAAUUGCACCAUCUUCUGGGAGAGAGUUAAUUGAAGAAGCGAAACAAAAAAAUCCUCGUACGUAAGAGUUUUGAGUAGCACAGUACACAACCCUUUACUGCCAACGUAAACUGUUUUCUGACAAUGCUUGGCUCAUGUAGGAUAGCUGUAGACUCCUUGUACAAGUCAGAACCUUGUGAUUCUACCUGUGAAAAUUUACCUGUUCACCCCUCUUCUCUAAUGGUACAUUCCAACAUGCAACACGUUACCGAGAGUUUUGGAACUGACCAUUUCACACCUAGGGGACUUGACAGAACCUUUUUCGCAGUUUAGAGAAGAAACAUUUGUGAUGACCUAACUGUACUUUUGUUCACCCUGGAAAACUAUGAAGUAACGGCGCAUCUCACUGUAUUGGCGUAUGUACCAUCCCGUUUGCAAUACCAUGUUUUCCAUUUUUUCUACUAUGGAAAUAAAUUAUUCUAGUUAA